AUGAGUACAUCAGUAUCAAUUCUAAAAUCACUUUAUUAUCUUCUUAAAUCUUCACAUUCACGUGUUACAGUGUUUAUAACAUUGGCGACAUUAAUAUCAUGUAUUACCGUAUUUACAAUGGCUGGUCAAACAAAUUCUAUGGCUUUACAAGCAUAUUGUUCUUUAUGUGUAUUUGAUUUACUUUUUAUUGGAACUGCUCUUCUUUCAGCAUGGAAUAAUGAAAAUCGUACAAAAAAAGUUCAUCAUAAAACUCAAUUACCAACUAGUGAUAGUUCGACAUCGCUUUUUAUUCCAACACAAACAAUUGCAACAUUUUCAUAUGGUACAUCACGUUUUGAAGUGUUAGCUGUAUUUACAUCAACAAUGCUUUCGAUACUUGGAGCAUUUUUUAUUCUUAAAGAAUCUAUUGAAAAGUUUUUUGAACAAGAACCAAUACAUACUGAAUAUUUUAUGCCAGCAUCAAUUAUAACAUGUAUUAUGCAUCUUAUUGUUAUUUAUUUUGUACGAAAUCAAUCUUUUGAUCAUGUUAUAUCAGCUAGUUCAUCAAGUUGGUUACAAGAACAUGUUAGUGAUAUAUUUCAAAGUCUAUGUCAUUAUAUACCUGGUUUAAGUCGUAUUCUUUUACCACGUAUUAAUCCAUUAGCAUUACUUUGUUGGUGUGAUUUAGCUAUUGUUUUAUCGGAUUCAUUUCUUUUAAAAAUGGGUUAUGGCAAUUUUGUUGAUACAUUAUCAUCAUUACUAAUAGCUUUUAUGACAUUUGGAACAAUGGUACCAAUGGCAAUAUAUAGUGGAAAAAUAUUAUUACAAACAACACCAUCACAUAUGAUUGGACAAUUAGAUAAAUGUCUACAUGAAGCAUCGAGACUUGAUGGAGUUUUAGAGCUUCGGAAUGAACAUUUUUGGGCUCUUUCAUUUGGAACACUUGUUGGAUCGUUGCAUGUUCGUUGUCGGCGAGAUGCUGAUGAACAAUUAGUUUUAGCACAUGUAUGGAAUAGAUUAGCGAAUGUUGUUCAAAUUUUAACAAUUCAUAUAUUCAAAGAUGAUUGGCUUCGUCAUCAAACGCAUACAUUUAUGCAAUCUCAAACCAGUAAACAUAUUCCAUCAUCAAACUAUAAUGGUUUUGUUGUUGUUACAUAG